AUGGGUAAAUGUUCAGUCGUUAACGUUGCCCCCGUCGGGGUACCGGCUGACACCUUUGAUGGGUUACGCAUAGGCUUAUCCGGGCACAGGAGGCACUGUUCGGAUGGACUGCUAUUUCCUCCACACUCCGGUGGAAAUCGGUCGCGUGGGACGUCUUCCGCUAGGAAACGUCCAGUGUGCCGGUCUUCAGAAGAGGAAGGCCUAUCGGCUCCCAAGUUGCCGACUUCGGGGAGGGGUCGGCAGUCAUCGAGAGGGGCGAGUGCCUUGCAGCCGUGGAGGGAUAAGCACGGACGAUUCGUGUGCUCCAAUACCUCGGCGGCUAGUGAAGCAGAGAGCGACAUGGGGUUCACAACGGAGGACCCUGGCGAUGGCGGUGAAAGCUGUGCCUCGCUGGGGAGCUCAAAGGCGGAGCUCAACGCCGCCAAGAGGGAGCAGUGUAAAGCCGUCGCGGCCGACGAAGUGUCGGAAAUGGCCCGACGUGCUCGCGAGCGACGAGCUGCUCUUGCGGCGGAAGGGGGAGAGCCAUCUGCGGUGGCCUUAAGCCAGCUGGCUCUGGAUGGGGUGGACUUAGUCCUGAAGGUUGCCACCAAGUCUGGCAGCCUGAAGGGCACGUUCACCCGUGGCUUAAAGGAGGCUGCCGCGGAUAUCAGGGAGGCGGUUGGCAUCCUCCGCAACAGGACGGCCUCUGACGAGGUCGCAAAGUUACAGGAGGAAAACAGCCGCCUCAGAAAUGACUUGGAGGACCUCCGACGCCAAGUCGCUGCGCUGAGCGAAGAGCAGCAGCGACGCACGUCCACCGAUGCCGCACCUGUAGUGGCCCCGACUCCCGCACCGCGACCGGCAAGCCCUCGUACCGACGAAGAGGUCGAGCGCAUUGUCCGGAUCUGCAUGCUCCAGUGCGGGAGCAUGGUUAACGCUCGGCUGGAGGCGAUUUCACGGCGUCUCCCGGAGGAAAUCCUCCGUCCGCCUUUGGCGGCGGGCACUCGGAGAACUGAGGAGCCGCCGAGACUUGGUUCUCAAAAGGGGAAGCCCGCGGAGGGUAACAAAAAGCCCGCGGAGGGAGCUCCUUCGAGCGAGCAGCCCAUGACUGUCGGGUCUAAGGGUGAAACCUGGGCAAAAGUCGUGGGCCCAAAAAAGGCCCGCAAAGCCGCCAAGAAGGCAAAAUACGGCUCCUCAACCUGCGCGGCGGGCUGCCAAAGGCGGUCGCAAGAGACCGACUGUGCACGUUCCUCGGUCCAAUGCCGUGACGCUUACGUUGCAGCCCGGAGCUGUGGAGCGUGGCGUGACGUACCAGUCGAUCAUCGCUGA